AUGUGGCCAGAAACAUCACACAAUGCUACAUCAGUGAUUGGAUGGGUGGCCUCCGGUAGGGCAGGCUCCAACCGAACAACUGAGCACACUUCGAAACUUGCUUAUGUAACCAGUGCUGAAUCUCUCGAUGCCCAGCUUGCUCACUUUUGGGAAAUUGAAUCUUGCUGGAACAAAAGUACCUUUUCGUUGGAGGAAACCGCAUGCGAAGAACAUUUCUCCAGUAACGUCUCUCGUGAUGAAUCAGGUCGCUUCGUAGUCACUCUUCCCAAACGUUCGUCGAUGCUAAACCUAUUGGGAAGUUCGAAGGAGAUUGCUACUCGAAGAUUUUUUGCUCUCGAACGUCGCCUGCAAGCCAACCCCAAACUGAUGGAAGCAUACUCGGCCUUUAUUGAAGAAUAUCAUCAAUUAUUGAACCAUAUGCGAGAAGUUGUCGAUGAAGAAAUUUUUGUUAGUUGUAUUUCGUACUAUCUCCCGCACCAUGGCGUGGAGAAAGCAGACAGUACAACCACGAAGCCUCGAGUAGUCAUUGACGCUUCGUGUUCUACUCACAGUGGGAUCUCGCUGAAUCAAGUACUGAUGCGGAUUCUCUGGCGUAGCUCGCCGGACCAGCCUUUUCGUACCUUUGAGCUGUCAACAGUGACGUACGGCACCGCUUUUGCCCCGUAUUUGACAACCAAGUGCCUCCAGCAGUUGUCCAAGGAUGGGUCGGAAGAAUACCCCCUCGCUGCGUUCACCUUAGCAAAGGAUUUUUGCACGGACAUGUUGACUGGCGUCGACUAG